AUGGCCGCCCUUAUCAUUGCUGCCAAGCCUGAUUCAAAGAGCCUGUCUCCUCGCUUUCGCGCUGGUGGCCAGCUUUCAAUCGGUGGCAUCACAUUCGGACCCAAUCCUCGCAUGUCAAAUACCGAUUCGAGUAUCCUAAUUACGCUGAGUUUAAUCUCAGUUGCAACAUUUUCUCUUUAUGCCUUUCGCAAUCGACUCCAGCGCCUCCUUCCUCGAUGGCUUCAAACUUUUGCCGCGGAAGAAGGCCCUGGGCCGAAUAAACGCAAGGCUUGGACACAUUGGACUCUAAUUCUUGCUUUCAUCUCCAUUUCUGGCUUGAUCCUGUCGGUUGUACCGAUUUGCCUGGCCCCGAAUGAGCGCCGAGGCAUUCUCGAUAUUGUUCCCUGGAUGUCGGCUCUACUCAUCACUGCUUUGGACCGGCCCACUAGCACACCUCGGAUUUUGCUCUUGCAGUAUCUGCUCAUCUUCAGCUCCGGUAUGGGAAUUUAUUCUGCCCAAUUCUUGGACCACCAUCUUCGGUCCAUCGACCCAUUCCGCAUUGCAAAACUGGCUCUCUCUUUGUUCGGUAUCAUUUCGAUUGGCAGUAUGCCGCUUCGAAGCCCAGCUUGGGAUGCUAAAGAUAUUGGAAACCCGAAGCUACCCCCAUCUCAUCAUGUCCGAAGCCCGGAAGAUAACCUCACACUCUUCACUUUCUGGGCUAUGACCUGGGUUUACCCGCUUGCCCGGCUCUGUCGGAAGAAAGAAAUCACCGUCGAAGAUGUGUGGCAACUACCAUAUGAUUUCCAACAUACACGCCUCUAUCUAGCCUUCCGCGAGCUCCAGGGAAAGCUCCUCCCCUGCCUGAUCGAAGCAAAUGGUCUCGAUUUAUUCAUUGCGACUAUUCUUGCUAUCGUUGAGAAAGUCGCUGAGGUAUCCAACAUUCGCCUCACCAGCCGGCUUUACAGUGCGCUGGACGAUGGGAACCCAAACGAAGCCAACUUUUGGUGCGUGGUAAUGCUAUGUGUGGAUUUUGCGCGACAGGUCUCCAAAACGACAUCCUCCUGGUACUCUCGCAAGGCCUAUGAAAGAUCUAGGGGCGAGACCUUUAUUGCCCUAUUUGGCAAACUCCUUACCCGAGCCGUCCCAGGAUCAGAUGUCACCGAGAAAGGUCCAGAAGAAGACAGCGUCAGCACCCUAACAAGGCCAGAUAGUACUUUACGAAGAGGAUGGCUUAGCUGCUGCUGUGGACGCAAACACAAAACCAAGUCGACUGCUACACAAGCAACCCUUGCAUCGAAUGCAAAGGUGGUCAAUCUUGUUCGCGGAGAUACCUACGAGAUUUCUCAGCGCUUCUGGGAUUUUCCAAAGCUCAUGUCGCAGCCAAUCAAGGUUAUUGUUACAAUUUACUAUCUCAUCGACAUUAUGGGUUGGCCGUCCUGUGUUGGUCUUGGACUCAUGAUCCUUUUCCUGACCAGCAACUCACUCCUCGUUCGCAAAGUCCUCCAACUGGAACGUUCCAGGACCGCGCACUCUGACAAGCGCGCACAAGCUGUGGCUCACUUUGUGGAAGCUAGUAGACCUUUGAAGCUCAAUGGGUGGACAUCUUCUUGGAGUGCUAGAAUCUUCAAGUUUCGAGCCAUGGAGAUGCUGAAGCGACUGCAGAUUGCACGGGUAACUGCAGCGAUAUCUACCACAAAUGUCGCUGGAGGCUCGGCAUACCCUUUUGCCAGCAUUUGCCUAUACACCCUGAUUCUCCGACAGGGUCUUCCAAAUGACGUUAUUUGGCCGUCUUUGCAGCUCUUCAACCAACUGGAGGCGAGUCUCAAAGAAGCGUUCGAUCUUGUUACUGCUUAUUGGAAGGCAAUAAUUCCUGUCGAACGUGUCAACAAAUACAUGGAAGAGCCGGAUCGAGACGAAGAUUCUCUCGGCACUGCAGACGCUAGUGAUAUCGAAUUUCAUGGCGCCUCAUUCGCCUGGCCCUCCACCAAUCACUUGGUUCUUUCUCAGCUCAAUCUCAAAUUUGGCAAAGGACUCACAAUUAUUCGAGGAAAAGUUGGCUCCGGCAAGUCUAGCCUCUUGCUUGCAGCCUUGAACGAAAUGGAGUUGCAUGGUGGCGAUCUUCUUCGACCAGAUGAACCGGUUGGUUAUGCGCAACAGCUUCCAUGGCUACAGAAUAAGACCAUUCGAGAGAACAUCGUCUUUCAUCAUCGUUUCGAUGCCGCCCGAUACCGACAAGUCCUGCAUGCUUGUGCGCUUGGACCUGAUCUUGCAGCUUUUCCAGAUGGUGAUCUUACCAAGUUGGAGGAGGGCGGUGUUGGUUUAUCUGGGGGCCAGAAAGCCAGAGUUGCUUUGGCCAGAGCCGUAUACAGUCCAUGCAGAAUUCUUCUUUUGGAUGAUCCUCUCGCUCCGUUGGAUCACGACACUGCGAGCAAUAUUGUUCGGCGCUUUUUGCAAGGCCCUCUGGCCAAGGAACGCACUAUUGUGAUGGUGACGCAUCGCGAUGACCUGGUCCUUCGCAUUGCUAACCAGGUCAUUGAUAUGGACGAUGGGACCGCUAGGAGGCUAUCUCAAUCGGAAAUCAAAGACGAACUUGAGCAUCCCUAUCAUGCUACGUCUCAAGAUACCUUAGUGGAAGAACAUGAACCGACUCAUGAAACCCACGAAGAGGAGGGGGAAGAUUUGCAGGAGGCACCGGAAGAGCCUUCGGAGGCUGGCAGCGUGCCUCUUACAGUCUAUUUGAACUAUAUGAGGGCUGGUGGACUGUAUAUGUGGGCGUUCCUAGCACUGUUCUACGGAAUCUCCAGAUACUGCGAUGUCUCGGAAGCGUCAUUGCUUGAGUCGUGGGGAAAUGAAACGGCAAAAGACCGUGUGAUAUCUACGAGAGGAUAUUGGAACCUUCCAAAUCCCCAACAACAUCCGCAAAUCUGGCUCGCGGUGUUUGGCGGUCUUGCGCUCGGACAGGCCAUAUCAUACGGUAUCGCCCAACUGCUGCUAGCUAAGAUCUCUAUCGAUGCUGCCCAAGGUAUUUUCAAAACUGCUAUCGGCCGAGUGAGCAAGGCCACCUUCAGAUAUCAUGACACUACACCCACCGGACAGCUCAAAAACCGGCUCGUUUCUGAUAUGGGUAUGGUUGAUGGUGGCAUUCUGGCACCACUGGAAGGCUUCGUCUAUAAUUUCAUUGCUCUUGUUUUGAGCAUCGUCGGUAUUGCAACACACCAGCCAAUGCUUCUCAUUAUUCUUAGCGCCGUGGCUGUCCUAUUCUUUUUUUUUUUUAGGAUCUACGUUCCAGUUUCACGCAGCUUGCGACGCAUGGAAAUGCGAUAUCUCACUCCCAUCAUUGCCAAUAUUGGCGUUAUGCAGGACGGCCUUGUCACUAUUAGAGCGCUUCGGGUAGAAAGUCGUUUUCAGGACCGGCACUUGGAUGCAGUGGAUGACUUCCAGAAGCAGGAUCACUUUUUCUGGAGCAUGGCUUUCUGGCUCGACUUUCGGCUCAGUAUAUCGUCUGCCUGCACUCGAGCUGCUCUGAUUAUUUUCAUGAUUUGGCGUGGCACUCCAGCAAGCGCUAUUGGGUUUGUGUUGACGCAGACGUCAAUUUCUAUGGCAUCUAUUCAACAGCUUUGCGAGAAAUUUGCCCAGCUUCAACUCGACGCAGUAUCGCUGGAGCGUGUUGGCAUGCUUGACAAGAUCCCAGAGGAGCCGAAUGGUGGCGAGGAGCCACCUGAAGAUUGGCCCAGGCCAUGUGACGACGUCAAAUUUGAGUCCAUGUCCUUCAAAUACGCCGAAGGACUACCCAAUGUCCUUAAAAAGGUCACUUUUGAGAUACCUGGAGGAUCUACGUGCGCGGUGCUAGGUAGAACUGGGUCAGGAAAGUCCACCAUAGCCAAUGCACUACUGGCGACCGAGACGGCGUCGGAAGGCACUGUGAAAAUUGGCGGCAUGGACCUUGCCAAGGUCAACCGCACUGCUCUAAGAAACCGUGUCACCUUCAUUCAGCAAGACCCUACACUGUUCCCGGGAACUCUGCGUGAUAACAUCGACCCAGAGGGCAAAUUUUCCGACGAGGAGUGCGAAAAUGCGAUUCAAAGUGUGCUUGGGAAGGAAUGGGGGUUAACAUCGCAAAUCGACGCUGGUGGGAAAAAUCUUAGUCAAGGACAGCGGCAGUUGGUUGGUAUCGCACGCGCGGUUUUGCGCAAGAGUGGACUAGUUAUCCUAGACGAAGCGACAGCAUCAAUCGAUCGCGGGACUGCGGCCACGGUCCAAAAAGUGCUACGAGAGGAGCUGUCCAAGAGUACUGUUAUCACCAUUGCUCACAGACUCGAGGCUGUCGAGGACGCAAAUUGGUGUCUCCGCCUUGAAAAGGGUCAAGUUUUGGACUGUGGCCCGGCAAAGGACCUCGGCGCAAAGAAGGCAAAAGAGGAGGAAUCGUGA